AUGAUAAUAAUAAUAUUAACAAUAAUAACAAUAAAAAUAUUAACAAUAAUAAUAAUAAUAAUAAUCAUAAUGGUGAUGAUAAAAAUUUACAUAUGAUGAAUAAACUCAAGUACCUUGAACGAGAACAUUUUAUUAAUGAGAGUAACCCUAAAUAUUAUAAUUCAAAUAUAAAUAAAAGCAACCAUUACCAUUAUAAUGAUAAGAACAAUAACAAAAAUAAUAUUAAUCAAUAUGAAAAUCAUAAUGAUAAUAUUAAUAUGUAUAAUAAAAAAUAUAAUGAUCAUCUACCUUACGAAGAAGAUGAAAAAUAUACAAGUAAUAUUACAAAUCUGGUUGAAAAUGAUAGUGAUUAUAUUAUUAAAAAUAUAGGUAAAAAAUACAUACUGAACGAAGAUAGUGAUCAAUUAAAUAAAUUAUUAGAUUUAAGAAAAAACAACAAAAAAAAAAAAAUGAGAAUUCAAAAUAAUCAAAAAUAUUCAUAUCAAGAUCAUUUUUAUUAUGAUGACGAAGUUAGUGAUAAAUAUAUGUCUAAAACUUUAAAUGAA